AUGAUUCGAUAUAAACCCACCCGGAUAACGCUUGGGGAAAGCGACGUCCAUGACUGUCUGGAAAGAUUGCUCUUGCGGCAUACCAGGUUCUUGAUAGACAACACAGGACAUGCCCCAACAUUGUCUGAAUCAAGAAGUGCAGACGCCGACUUCGAGCUUAGAUUGAAAACGAUAGCGCCCAGACAAUUCGAGAGUUCAGCUCAGUCUCCUAGUUGCCUUACCACCAUAUGUUUAGAUGAGAACGCUAAUUUGCAUACAAGCCCAAUGACAGAGCCUACAAGGAAGACCCUCAAGACAACGGAAGGCAGUAAGAUCGACACGUCUACUCCAUCGCAUGGCGAACAAGGUGGACUUAUAGCCCACCAUAACAAGGGCUCUGGUACCGAGUCCCAAAUUUCUGAAGCUGAGCUACCGCAUAAAGCUUGCGAUACGGCAUCUUUAGACAUAACUUCAAAUGAGAGGAUCGGGGCAAGAAAUGGUAUAAGAAGCUCAACACCUCUUCCGGAAAUUAUUAGCAGAAACAAAGAAGGCAAUGAAUAUGAUAUGGAUAAGGAAAGCAAUUGGCCCGCCAGCAGCAUCGAACGUGAUCAGCAUGACGCGUCAUACACACACAGUCGCAAAGGCAUACCCGACAAUGGUUCCGCAUUUGAACCUCCACUGCUCGCCACACAGAUCGAGGACGGCGUGGCAGAACCUAACGCUUUGAUGUUUACUCAAGAAGAGAUGGACCGAAUUGGCGCUAUGUUAUACCGCGAAGCUGAUGCAGCGCUGCAAGGUCUUGUUAACAGUCAAUGCGAAAGGGCGCCUGCUAUAGAUCCAGACUCGAUGGUGUCUACGAGUUCAAAGGAGCAUGGAGGAAAAGACAAUGUGGUGGAUCCACAUGGCGGUCGCUUGGAACCCGCCGGUAACGGACGAGAGCCAAACCAGCAUGUCAUGGGAGCAUCUGUGCAAUUUCAGAAUCGAGUCAACCAGAUGAUGGCUGAGCUCUAUCAUCAAGUCGAAGACAAGGCUGAGGACUUUGGACUGGCUUCGCUUAGGCGGAAACCAUUGGGUGAAUGGUAUAAAGGCAUCUAG